AUGGUGAACAUGAAUAAUCAUUGUACAAAAGUGAUCGUUGAUGAAAAUGAGAUAGACAAGAUCUUUGAUUUACCCAUGGAUAUCCUCGAUGAAAUAGUCAAGGAUAUGUCAUUUCAAGAAUUAGUAAAAACAUGUGUUUUGUCCAAGAAGUGGGUACAUUUUUGGACUAUGCAUCCAAUACUAGUUCUAGAUUGGGAGUUCUUUGAAGAGAAAAGUGGUACUAUAGGAUUGAUUGAAAAUGGUUUUAGUAAAAUGAUUGACAACAUUCUCUUGCAUCAUGUUGGAUCCCUAGUCAAAUUUUUCCUUGAUUUGUCAACUAUUGAUUGUAAUGAUAGGGACCUUGACCAUUGGUUGUUAUGUGAAACAAGUAAAUGCGUCAAAGAACUUACCCUAAAAAAUCACAAACGCAAACGUUAUACAUUGGCUUUUUGUGUAUUUGAUUGUCCAACUCUCACAUAUCUAGAUGUCACAAAUUUCAUAGUUAAACCACCUUCUCCCAAAGCAUUAUUCCCAAAUCUCCUUGAAUUGACCUUGAAGUUCAUCAAAUUUUGCCCAGACAAAGCAAAUUAUGUCUUGAAUACCCCAUUACUUUACUCUUUAACGUUCAUUGCUUGCAAUGGCGUUCAUUUCCUCACCAUAUCUGCUCCUAGGAUCCAGUUCUUGACUGUUCAUGAUAGUCAUGACAUUUACGCAAUUUUUUUUGAUAACUUGUCAAAUGCUAGGGAGUUGUUCAUGGUUGUCAAUACCUUGAGUGAAGAAAACAUAGAUGAAGUUACACAUUAUUUGGAAGAUCCAAAUUGUGUUGACAAACGAUUUGAGAAGCUUGAAUUUGUGGAGCUAAGAGAGUUUGAGGGGACACAAUUUGAACUCCUUUUCUUAAAGCUCAUAUUGGCAUAUUCCCCUUCACUUUCAAGGAUGAUUGUUGAACCUUCUGAUGAACUUGAUGUAGCUGAGGUAUUGAAUUUGUAUGAAGAAUUGAGGAUGUCCUUAAAAGCAUUACUAAGAGCAAAAGUCAUCAUAGCACCUCAUGGUCAAGAUGUGUAA